AUGAGUUUGAAUGGCGAGCAGGGCGAUUCUCGGAUAAGGCAGAAGAAAAGUGUCAUUGAAUUAGCUGGAGCCAUUGAGUGUGGAACUGGUGGAUCCGCUCUGUAUUAUCUUGGAUAUGGAUGUUACUGUGGUGUAGGAGGACACGGAAUGCCAUUAGACGAGACAGACUGGUGCUGCUUCAACCACGAUUGUUGCUAUGGAAAUGCAGAAAAUGCUGGUUGCCAUCCUAAGAUCGAUCUAUAUGAGUGGGAAUGCAUCGAUAAUUCCAUAAAGUGUGCAUCAGCUGUGGCAGAAACAACAGAAGCUGCAUCAGCCGCGGCACCCAACUUUCCCGGGUGCCGAUUCUGA